GAGUAGUAAUAUUGAGGUCGAAAUGGGUGCACGGUCGAUAAUGGACGAGAAUGAGAUGGCAAGAGUUGUAAAGAGGUUUGGAGAUGAACAGAGCACUCUGUUAGACCAGUACGAGAGGCUGACCUUCGAGGUGCAAUUGAACAGGGCGAUUCUAGGCAGGAGCUUUUCUGAUCGGGUGGCGGCGCCCCCGGCGGAGAAGGGGAAGCGCCCCCGUCCUUGUUCCGGUUUGCCUAAGGCGGUGAAGAAACUACUGCUGAAACCAUUCCUCGCCAAGAGGAAGAAGAACAACGAGGAUCAAAAGGAACCCAAGUUAUGGAAGGCAUUCAGUAGUAGGUCACUCAGGUUCUGAUAAAAAGGCCUUUUUAUUGUACUUCGGAAGUUCAAGCAAGAAACGCACCCUUCCUUAGCUUCGUCCUCUUUUAUUUAUCUCAUUUAUCAUUUUUUUAAUAAAUUUUCAAAAAUUAGUCCUCAAAGCUAACUAAUUCUCGAAAUGGUACUCGGUAGUUAAGAAUAAUGCUCAACUCAAAUCCCCCUAACUAACGGCCAUUAAAACGGAAUUAAAAAUAUGUUAAUCCU